GAGACGAUAAAUAGAAUUGAUCUUGAUGCAUCAGCUUGAAUUUUUUUGAUGUUGUUUACUUUAUCAUACUUUCCUGAUUAACCACUGCUAAGGAACAACCCCGAAAAAAUACCUAACCUAUCUAUAACAACCUCCUAUUUUGCAAAUACAUGGUAUUCAGACUCAACAAGAAAAUGUCAGCCGACCUACCAAAACUCCUAAAAAGUGUCGCGCAGGAGCUGCCGCCAAUAGAGAGCAACGAGUUCGGAGCCAAAUUUGACAUAUUUGGAAAUUCCCGCUUGGUUCUCAUCGGCGACGCGAGUCAUGGGACGUCCGAAUUCUAUCGAGCGCGUGCCGCUAUCACGAAACGCUUGAUAGAAGAGCAUGGUUUCACUCACGUGGCUAUCGAGAGUGACUGGCCAGACGCGCGCUCUAUCGAUCACUAUGUACGACAAUAUCCUUGUCGGUCUGAGGAUAUGCCUAUUCGUGUCUUUGAUCACUUCCCGCGUUGGAUGUGGCGGAAUGCGGAAGUACAGGAGUUUGUUGAUUGGCUCCGAGAGCACAACGCUCAGUUGCCCAUGAACCGGAGAACAUCAUUUAACGGGCUCGAUCUUUACAGUAUGGGGUCCUCGAUUCGGGCGGUGGUCGAGUAUCUCGAUAGGGUCGACCCAGCCCUCGCCAAAGCAGCUCGGAAGCGAUACGGUUGUCUGGAGCCAUGGACCGACGACCCGCAAGAGUACGGGCGCAAGUCGUUCCACGAGGGCUCAGCUAAAUGCGAGCCUGGUGUGGUCAAGAUGUUGCAGGAACUCCUCAAGAAACGGAUUCAAUUCGCCUCGCACCCGGAGGACGGCGAAUCCUUUUUAGACGCUGAGAUGAAUGCUCGCGUAGUCUGCGACUCCGAGAAGUACUACCGGGCUAUGUUCCACGGUGAAAAGACAUCGUGGAAUAUUCGUGACACCCACAUGUUUAACACCCUAUCGCGCCUCCUCAAGCUCAAGCCCGGCUCCAAGGCCGUAGUAUGGGCUCAUAACUCGCAUCUAGGAGACGCCAGGGGGUCGAGCAUGGGAGCCAAGCAUGGCGAGCUUAACCUAGGACAGCUAUGCCGCGAGAACUACCCGGGCGAGGUCUCUAUAAUAGGAUGCGGGACGCACACAGGAACCGUCGCCGCCGCAGACGAGUGGGAUGAGCCCAUGAAGAUCAUGAAUUUAGUGCCUUCGCGCGAGGAUAGUUAUGAAAGAAUGAUGCAUGAUACUGGAAUUUCCUCCUUCAUGGUUGAUUUGCGCCGCUUGAAGACCGAGCCGAUGUUGCAGCGAUUUAUCGGCGUGAUAUAUAGGCCCGGUACCGAGAGAUGGAGUCACUAUAUCAAGACCAUUCUCAGCGAACAGUAUGAUGCAUUUGUUUGGUUUGACAGGACAAGUGCCGUUAACGCAUUUGAAACAGCACAGCCGAAAGAGGCUCUCUCAAAGGGAGAAACUUACCCCUUUGGGGUGUAGAUAGAAGAUAGAAGAUGGAGGAAAGAAAGCGUACAACAUCACUCCUGAUCUAAUCUGAUCUAAUCUAGAUGAUACGGGCAAAAAACAUUAUGUAUAAGGAAAAUAUCACUAGAAAUCCCAAGGUCUGACGAUGCUAUUCUCCUAAAUGUAAAUAGUGUAUACCAAAUGCUGCAUUAACAAUUUUAAAUCACCAUCAUAACAUCUGUAUACACAAUUAGGUACCUAAAGAUGGUGGUAUAAAUGGUAAAAAAUGCCCAUGAAAACUCCAC